AUGUCCGGCUUGAACGCAGGGCAGAUCAAGGCUGAACCUCUUGCCAACCCAGGGAUCAAGGAAGAGCCUGACACGAAGGACAUAAACAUGUCGGACGAGGAUAUCUACGAAGACACCGGAGACCUGGAUUUCACAAACGCUUUUCAAAAUGUGUGGUUGACACGGGUACCCAGGACCUUGUGGGAGCAAUGGUCGAAACUCGACGACGACGAGGAGAUUCAGAUCGGCACGGUCAGAGUUGAGGGCGACCCGACAGAUAUCAAACGAAUAAGUUUGCGACUCCUUGAUAUACCUCAGAAUAAAGGCGUACCGAAAGACUACAACCUGAGACGACAGAAUGUAAACGCCGAUCGAUCAGCAUACGCGGUUCAGAAUACAUUUGUCUUCACAGAAAAGGACCUUCCGGGGUAUAAGGACAAGAUAAAUCAGUUUUACAACGAAAACCAGCCGUACGGUCGGUCAUAUCUUUACGAACAGACUAAACGUGAUGCAAAGAAGAAAGAGAGGAAAAAGAAGUGGGAGCCCUAUGUGAAGAAGACGGUACCAAGACAAACCGCCAUCACGGCUCGGGUUCAUGAUGAGUUUAACUGUCUUCCUGUUGAAAACGAAGAGUACCAGAGACUAGCAGAAGAACGGGCGUUGGAAUCCCUCAAACCCAAGCGAGAAACUAAGUUUAUCGAAAAAGUACCUGGCAAGAUGCUUCAACCAAAAACAGUUGCUGCUGCCGACAAGUCCAAUUUCAUUCAAGUUGCGAAACCCGCAAAAGUACGCGCACAGGAAAACAAAACUGCCCGUAUGCCCCAGAACGAACUUCUGGAUCUUAUAUAUGCUUGUUUCCGCAGACACAAGUAUUGGCCAUUCAAGUCGCUUAAGGCUGAGCUACGGCAACCGGAAGUGUAUCUCAAACAAACGCUUGAGAUCGUGGCACAUCUGGUUAAGUCCGGCGACUUUGCGAUGACUUGGGAAUUAAAACCCGAGGCAAGGGAAAGCAACUAUGCAGAUGCCAUCGCGUAUAGGGAUGCAAAGGAGGAGCUACCACCUACAGCCGGGUACAACUUUGAUGAAGGGUCAGAAGGAGAGCCUACUGCAUCCGGUAUAGGCACCGACGUUGAUGAGGAUGAAAAUGUGAAAUUUGAAAAUGUGUGA